GAUGCAACACUGUAGAAAUGUUGCAAUUUCAAAACUCCUUCAUUCAUUGUUCAUUUCAUUUUCAGAUUUUUGUAACGGUUUUGCACAAGAUUCACUUAAUUCCGAGAUGUCACAACCACACAGGCCAGCGCCACCUCCCCCACCUGUAAGAAAAGGUCAAGUUCAGGCUUUUGAGGCUCUGGGAAGCUACAAAGCGAAACGUGACUGCGAACUAUCGUUUGAGGAGGGAGACAUUCUCUUCGUUUUGGACCGAACCGAUGCUAACUGGUGGCAGGCAAAAAUUGACAACAAGACUGGGUACAUUCCCAGCAAUUAUGUAAGCAGUGACAAUGUCAAAACGCCCAUCAUUGAUGCUGCCCGUCGGGGUAACUUAGAGUUGAUGGAGGAAUGUCUUUCUGCCGGGAUUUCCGUGAACACUUUGGACAAGAGUGGAUCAUCUGCUCUUCACGCUGCUUCCCAGGGAGGGCACGUACACUGCGUGUCACGGUUACUCAAAGAACCUAAGAUUGAGAUUAAUUUGCAGAACAAGCUAGAUUGCUACCUAUUGUCCAAAGUAAUGCAAGUUGUGUCGUUUGUAACAAUCUAG